AGACACUCCAGGGACCCAGGAGCGAACGAGACAAGGUAUGCAGCAGCAAUCCAGGAAUCAAUUUUUGGCAGCCUUUAAAAAGAAAUGUGACUUUUAGCAUCUCCUCCGCAGGUAUAGAAUGGCUGGCUGGCAUCUGAAGUGUCCCAUAGGUUUAUGGGCUUUAGUUUUUAUACAGUCUGUUUCCGGAUUUCGCAGGGAGGGAAUUUCUGUGUGGGAAAAGGAUCCCCACUUAAGUCCUGUGAACGAAACUCUGCUGUUUCUGUAUGACACGUUCCCUCCCCAUUUCCUCUGGGGAGUGGGAACCAGUGCAUUCCAGGUGGAGGGGAGUCGGCAGGAGGAUGGGAGAGGUCCUUCGAUAUGGGACCACUUCCUCCAUUCCAACUUCAGGCACGCUUACAGGACGGAGGACUGGGGUGACAGCUACACGUUUCUGGAAAAAGAUUUAGCUGCUCUGAGUUUUUUGAGGGUUUCUUCGUACCGCUUUUCCAUUUCGUGGCCAAGGCUCUUUCCUACCGGGAUGGUGACAGCCGUCAAUGAGAAAGGACUCCACUACUACAAUCGUCUCUUAGAUGCUCUCGUCCACAGAGGCAUCGAGCCCAUCAUCACUCUCUACCACUGGGAAUUGCCAUGGGAAUUGCACGAAAGAUACGGAGGCUGGGAAAACGACUCCCUCGUGGACCUUUUCAACGAUUACGCCACUUUUUGCUUCCAAGCCUUCGGAGAUCGUGUGAAGUACUGGAUUACAAUGCACAACCCUUAUCUCAUUGCUUGGCACGGAUACGGCACGGGACUUCAUGCACCCGGAGAGAGGCGUGAAGGUGCCGCCUACGUGGUAGGACAUAACCUGAUCAAGGCUCAUGCAAAAGUUUGGCAUAAUUAUGACCAAUAUUUUCGACCCCAACAGAGGGGAUUUUUGUCAAUCACGUUAGGAUCUCACUGGCUUGAACCAAACAGAAUCAAUAAUAAAUCAGAUAUUGAAAAAUGUCAGCUGUCUAUGCAGAAAGUUCUAGGUUGGUUUGCGAAGCCAAUACACGGAGAUGGCGAUUACCCAGAAGAGCUGAAGAUGGAACUUGGCUCUCUCCUCCCAAAUGUCACCCCAAUGGAAAAAAAACAUUUUAAAGGGACAGCCGAUUUCUUUGCCUUUUCUUUCGGGCCAAAUAACUUUAAACCUCUAAGCAAGCUGCCCAAAACGGGACAAAAUUUCUCCCUCGACCUGAGGGCCGUUCUGAACUGGAUUAAAGUGGAAUACGAUAAUCCCAGAAUCUUGAUCACUGAAAACGGGUGGUUCACCGACAAAGAUGUGAAAACAGAAGAUACUACGGCUAUUUACUUAACGAAGAACUUUAUAAAUAACGUUUUGCAAGCUAUUAAAUAUGAUCGGGUCGAUGUCUUUGGUUAUAUGUUUUGGUCUCUCUUGGAUGGAUUCGAAUGGGAACAGGUGUUCAACAUCCGGCGAGGUUUGUUUUACGUAGAUUUUGAUAGUGAAGAGAAGGAGCGGAUCCCCAAAUCAUCUGCAUUUUAUUAUAAGAAAAUCAUUCAGGAGAACGGCUUUCCCGCCGAAGAAUCAACCCAGACUUUGCACGGCCAGUUUCCUUGGGAUUUCUCCUGGGGCGUCACAGAAUCAGUUGUCAAGGCAGAAUCCGUCGCUUCUUCUCCUCAGUUCUCUGACCCUAACCUGUAUCUCUGGAACGUCUCUGGAGAUGGAAAAUUUUACCAGGUGAAGGGAGUGAAAUUGAAAAACCGGCCAGUUCAGUGUACGGACUUCAUCAGCAUUAAAGCGCACCUUCAACUGCUAUCAAAAAUGAAAGUCACUCAUUAUAGAUUCGCCUUCAAUUGGUCACUGCUCCUCCCCAAUGGCGACACGUCGUCCCUUAACCGGCACGUCCUGCGCUAUUACCAAUGUCUGAUUAGCGAGAUACUCAAACUCAACGUGAAGCCCGUGGUCACCUUACACUAUCCGACCCAUCAGUCCUUAAGCCUGCCAGAUCCUUUGCUUCAACACGGUGGAUGGUUGAAUCAAUCCACCGUCGGGGCGUUUAGAACGUACGCCGAAGUGUGCUUCCAGGAAUUUGGAGACCUGGUUAAAUUCUGGAUCACCAUCAACGAGCCGAAUCGGUUCGGCGACAUUUACAACAGCAGCAGCAACAACACUUACCAAGCAGCUCACAAUUUGCUGAUCGCUCAUGCCACGGCUUGGCAGGUCUACGAGAAACAGUAUCGGUCUUUCCAGCAGGGUCAGGUGUCUCUAUCCCUGCACUGUGAUUGGGCAGAACCUGCUAACCCGUAUCUCGCUAGCGAUUGGGAAACGGCCGAUCGGUUCCUCCAGUUUGAAAUGGCCUGGUUUUUAGAUCCCCUGCUGAAGACGGGGGACUACCCAGAGGCCAUGAGAAAAUACCUCGGUUACAAAAACCGCCAAGGCCUUUCCAGUUCAUUUUUGCCUUUUUUCACGGAAGAGGAGAAGCAGCUGGUCAGAGGGGCUGCCGAUUUCAUCGCCGUGAAUCAUUUCACCACUCGAUUUGUGGCCCACGAGUCGAAGAACGGGAGCCGGUAUGAAUUGGAUCAGGACUUUCAACUCGUGCAAGAUUUAAGCUACCUAAUUUUCCCCUUUCGCUCCGCGGUGGUGCCUUGGGGGUUACGCAAAGCCCUGAACUGGAUCAAUCGGCAUUACGGCGAUAUGGAUAUUUAUCUCACCGCUAGCGGGAUUGAGGAUCAAUCUAGUGACAACGAUGAACUCCGUAAAUACUACAUCGAAAAGUACGUGCAGGAAGCUUUUAAAGCGUACCACAUCGACAAAGUCAACCUCAAAGGCUAUUUUGGGUUCAAGCUAACGGAUGAAGUAGGCAAACCCAAAAUCGGCUUCUUUACCUCCGAAUUCCAAGCCAAAGCCUCCGUCCAGUUCUACAAUCAGCUGAUCUGCAACAACGGUUUCCCCGUCGAUCCCACGAGGAAAUGCGGGCAGCGAACGGAAACGACGUCCUGCACGUUCUGCCUACUUGUCCUUCAGGAAAAGCCUCUAAUAUUCCUCGGAUGCUGCCUUUUGGCUACCCUAAUAAUGCUCCUAAGCGUUGUUGUUUUCCAGAAGCAGAAGAAAAGGAGGCGGGAUUGGUCAAAAUACUUCCAGCACUUCGGCGUUUCUGUGGAAACUAAACCUAAGAAAGUUCUGAGCCGGAUAUAGAAAUCAUUUUCUUUGUCCGCUUAUCAACGAGGAUCAGAAAAAUUAGCGGAAAUACUCUUUAUUAUUGUUCAGCAAAAAACUUAUAAUCAGAAUGCCAAAUUCAGGAUUCUGACACAAGAGCCACUACAUUUUUGUUCCCCACGGUAGACAUUUUUGGCUGCUUACUACAGAGAAAAUUGGUGUCCAGUCAAUUAGCUUUAUUCAGUUUCUUCAGCCUCUACAGAUUAUACAACCGUCCAAUCGAAAGCUAUUUAACCUACUGGACAUCUUGCUGCACAUCUCCAUCUGAAAGCGAACUAUUAAAAAGUAUGCACGUCCGUUUAUUAUUUUAAUUAGAAUUCAACCGAAUGUUUCUGUUGGGUAUAUUGAGAGAAUCAGGUUGUUCAGUUUAAAAUGCAGUGUGCACUUUUAAAGAAAUGUCUUCGCAUUUCUCAAGUAUAAUUCUCCCCACGUGUGUAUGUGUGCUGUGGUUUAGAGAUGGAACUUUUAUGAUAUACUUUCAUUUUUUGCAAUCCAAGAUGGUCAAAUACCAGCAUGUAUAAUAUCUAUCACUAAUGCUCGCUUCCCAUUUUGUCCCUAUCCCCCACCCCCCCAUCAGGUAAUGAAGUUAAAUGGUGAGAUUGUAGCUUUUAAUUCAGUUUCCAAAAUAAGAAACAAGUGAAGUUUUGGAAAAAGACUUGAACUAUCUCAUGACUUGAGUUCAACCAACCAAUUCCAGAUUUCACAUGGACUAAAGAAAGAUAAACAACGUUAUUCCACUGUCUUAUCGUGCGAGACUCUCACAUGUAACUCCUAAAGUGUAUGAAAAACUUGAGAAGGCUUACAAUUCAGCCCAAAGAUAUUUAUCUUACCAUGUUUGUGUUGUAAUGGGCAACUGAGCAGUCCAUUCUCAAAAUUAACUUGAGUUAUUCCAUAAUCACAAAAUACAGGAUAUUGAAAGUUUAUGGUUUUAUUUUCUCAAAACAAUCUGAGACUCUUCAGUUCAAAUAGAAAACUUCCAACUGCUAGAUGUGUUAUGUCCCCAGAUUGCCAUUUCAGGACCUAAAACCAUAAAAAAAAAUUAUUAUUGAAACAGAAUGCUAAGAAAAUAACCUUACUUCCAUUCUCUGACAAACAUGUUCAAGCUAAUGUGAUAAAGAGUACUGUGAUGUAAUAUUUUAUAGAUGUAUUUGCAGCUCUUACAUAUGCACGUUUUUACCUUUUGCUCUUUUCCCCCCAUUGUAAAAUUAAAUAAGUUAAUUUUUUUCCAUUUUGUUAAAUAAAGGCAAAUGAAAAACCA